AUGUCCGACGCGGGGUACACGCUCAUCUACGAGCCCAACGCGGCCGCAAAGGCCUCCGUCAGCGACUUGAAAGCGCUCUUGGAAAAGUCCAAAGACGACGUGAAAAUCGACGCCAUGAAACAGAUCAUCAUCGCCGUUUUGGGCGGCAACACCAUGCCCGAGCUCUUGAUGCACGUGAUCCGCUUCGUGAUGCCCUCGAAAAACAAAGAGUUGAAGAAGUUGUUGUACUUCUACUGGGAGGUCUGUCCCAAGAUGGAUACCAACGGCAAGAUGCGCCACGAGAUGAUUCUUGUGUGCAAUGCCAUCCAGCACGACUUGCAGCAUCCAAAUGAGUAUGUUCGCGGCAACACGUUGCGCUUUUUGUGCAAGUUGAAGGAGCCUGAGUUGUUGGAGACCUUGGUGCCUAACGUGCGCCAGUGUUUGGCGCACCGCCAUGCUUACGUGCGUAAGAACGCUGUGUUUGCGCUCUAUUCCAUCUACAAGACGUCGGAGCACUUGAUUCCCGAUGCGCCCGAGUUGAUCCGCGCGUUUUUGGACGACGAGUUCGACUCCGUCUGCAAGAGAAACGCAUUCGUGUGCUUGGCCGGCUUGGAUCGCGAGGCCACCUUGCAGUACAUCCAACAGACCGUUUCCGAUGACACCGAUCCGAUUUUGCAGUUGGCUUUCGUAGAGUUUAUCCGUCGUGACGGUGCCUCCGCUGCGCCCGGCUUGAGAGCUCGCUACGCGGCCUUUAUUACCGAGAUCAUCGAGAGUCCUUCCAGCUCCGUCGUGUACGAGGCCGCCAUCACUCUCAUUUCCUUGACUUCCGCCUCGAAAUCUAUCAUUUUGGCUGGUACAAAGCUCGUGGAGUUGGCCAACAAGGAGGCCGACAACAACGUCAAAAUCAUCACUUUGCAGCGUAUCAGCGAGCUCAACAAGAAACACCCAGGUCUCUUGCUGGGCUUGUCGCUUGAUUUGUUGGCUGUUUUGUCGACCCAGGACCUCGACGUCCGUCGUAAGGCUCUCGAUGUCACCUUGACACUUAUCACCAGCAGAAAUGUCGAGGACGUGGUGAAGUUGUUGAAGAAGGAGGUUCAGCGCUCUGCUGGCGUGGCUGAGGAGAACGGCUCCGAGUACCGCCAAUUGCUUAUCAAUACCAUCCACCUGCUUGCCAUCGAGUACGGUGAAGUCGCUACCAACGUAAUUGACUUAUUGUUGGAAUCCAUUGGUGACCUUUCCACCACUGCUGCUCGCGAUGUCAUCUCUUUUGUCAAGGAGGUGGUUGAGAAAUACCCAGCCUUGCGUUCUGACGUCGUGCACAAAUUAAUCAACAGCUUGCCAAAUGUCAAGUCUGGUACCGUUUUCCGUGGCGCCCUCUGGAUCUUGGGUGAAUACUCCGACAACGAAGGCAGCAUCAAGGACUCCUGGAAGUUCCUCCGCUCAAGCAUUGGUGAGGUGCCAAUCUUGGCCAGUGAAAGAAAGCACUUGGAAGGUACUGAGGAGGCUGAGGAUCCAAAGGAGUCAAAGGACGGCUCUAAGAAGGCUGGUCCAGUGGUGUUGCCAGACGGCACUUACGCAACCGAGACCGCUUUCUCCGCAAAGUUGGUUGUCUCGGAGAGCGACGACUCCAACCAGAUCAGAAAGUUGAUUUUGGGCGGUGACUUCUUUUUGGCUGCUGUUCUCUCGUCGACCCUCGUCAAGCUUGUCUUACGUCUAGAGACCCUUGGCAUUGCCGAGCAAAAAGUCAAUGUUUUGCGCGCAGAGGCAUUGUUGAUCAUGGUCUCUAUCUUGAGAGUUGGUGAGACCUCCUUCGUGAAAGAACGGAUUGAUGAGGACUCCGCUGAUCGUAUCCUCGCAUGCAUCAAGUUCUUGACUGGCGAAGAUGCCAGCGCACUGUUGGUGCGUCAAGGUUUCUUGGAGGAUACCCGCACAGCAUUCCAAACUCAAAUCGAGGCCGAACAAGAGAAAAAGAACGAGUCGAAGGCUAAAGAGUUCCAGGAGAACGUCGAGCAAGUGGACGACUGUAUUGCUUUCCGUCAAUUCGACAAGAACGACGGUGCAGAGGCUCUCGAAGAGGAGGAUGCUAUCUUCAAGACUUCUGCCGAAGACAAGGACUUGUCCUCGCGUCUUAAUAAAAUCCUUCAAUUGACUGGUUUCUCCGAUCCACUUUAUGCCGAGGCUUUUGUCAAGGUGCACCACCACGACAUCACAUUGGAGGUUAUGUUAGUCAACCAAACAACCACCACCAUGAGAAACUUGACUGCUGAGUUCGCCACGUUGGGAGAUAUCAAGAUUGUAGACCGUCCAGCCUCGACCAACUUGGGGCCACACGGAUUCCACCGUCUCUCGGUCACUUUCAAGGUCUCUGCAGCCGACACAGCCAUUAUCUUCGGUAACAUUGUCUACGACGGCCAGCACUCGGACGAGUCCAACAUCGUGAUCUUGAACGAGAUCCGCGUGGAUAUCAUGGACUACAUCAAGCCAGCCACCUGCUCGGAGAACACCUUCCGUAAGAUGUGGGCCGAGUUCGAGUGGGAGAACAAAAUCUCCAUCAAGGUGUCCAUGAGCUCCUUGAAGGAAUACUUGAAGGUAUUGAUGGAGAAGACCAACACCACGUGCUUGACGCCAGGUGCCAUCACCGGCGAAGAGUGCAACUUUUUGGCCGCCAACUUGUACUCUCGUUCGACGUUUGGUGAAGACGCCUUGGCCAAUUUGUCGAUCGAGAGACUGGCAGACGGAGUCAUUACAGGCCAUGUCCGUAUCCGCUCGGAGUCGCAGGGUUUGGCGAUCGCUCUUGGUGACAGAGUGGGCGAGAUCUCGCGUUCCAGCAAAACGAAUAUUCCUGUGAAAGUUUAG